AUGGUGCCCCAAACUUUCGCUGCCCAGGACCUCUCAGAGGCUGCGGUGGGCGGCUCAAUUGCCAUCAAUGACGGCCGCUUCGUCGAUGCCUUUGGCCGCACGCUGUCGCUGCGUGGCCUCAACAUCUCAGGCUCCAGCAAGCUGCCCACCACCCCCAAUGGCCUAUCCCACCUCACCGAUGGCUUCUACGAGCACCGCACCGUGACCUUCGCCGGCAGGCCCUUCCCCCUGGACGAGGCGCCUCUUCACUUCCGCCGUCUGCAGGCGUGGGGAUUGCCGCUUGUCCGCCUGCUGGUGACGUGGGAGUCGAUUGGCCAUUCUGGCCCCGACCCCUCCGCCGAUCUAGACCUAGAGUACAUCGCCUAUCUGCGUCAGCUCAUCCAGAUGAUGCCCCAGUACGGCAUCAAGUGCUUCAUCUGUGCCCACCAGGAUGUCUGGAGCCGGUUCAGCGGUGGCAGCGGCGCGCCCGGCUGGACGUUCGAGGCGGCAGGGCUGGAUAUCGAGGCUUUCCCCGACACUGGCGCUGCCUAUGUGCACGGCCAGGACGAGAUGAGGCGAGCCAACGCCCCCGUCAACGAGAAGGAGCCCAGCGGUCCAUUCGUGUGGCCCUCGGGGUACCAGAAGCUGGCAGCAUCUACCAUGGCCACCCUCUUUUGGGCAGGCGAUGCUCUUGCACCAAAGCUCCAAUGCCGCCGGCGCCCAGUGUCGACGUCUGCAGAGACAGAAGAGGAGACGGUCUCGAUCAAGGAUUACCUCCAGGAUGCCUUCGUUGAGGCGUUUGGAAAGCUAGCCGACGAGCUCAGUGACUUGGAAUCUUGCCUCGGCUUCGAACCCAUCAAUGAGCCACAUCGGGGCCUGAUAAACUUGCAUGACUUCCAUGGCUGGAACUACAACACCGAUCUUCACAUUGGCCAUUAUCCCACUUUCGCCCAGGCCCUCGCGCUCGGCAGCGGGUAUGCCCAGACAAUCAGAUACUACGUCAAGUCCUGGCCCUUCCCGACACGCGUCUCUCACCGCUCCUACCUGGAUCCAAAGGGCCGGUCUGCUUGGUUGCCUGUCGAUGGGGACAAGCCGACAAACCAGCAGCACGGCCUGGGCGAAUGUGUAUGGAAGGCCCAUGGCGUCUGGAGCUGGGACGAGAAGAAGAAGACGGCCAAGAUCCUGCACAGGAAUUACUUUGACAUCGACCAUCGCCCCGGUCGCGAGGGCACCAAGAUUGAAUGGUAUCACGACUUUUACGCACCGUUCCUGAAGAAAUUCUGCGAUCGCGUAUCCCGGAAGAACGAGAGAUUCAUGUCCUUCUUUGAACCGAUACCCAACGAGUUCAUCCCGCCCUGGGUCCCGGAAAAGGGUGGCCGCACAAAGCAAUCUUACGCUGUCAAUACCGUCUUGGAUGUCCCGCGACCGCAGAACCUGGUAUACGCGCCGCACUUUUACGACCUGAACGUCUUGUUCAGUAAGUACCAUGCGUGGAUGAGCGUGAAUGUUCAGGGACUCUCAAGAGGCAUGUUCCUCCCAUUGGCACUGUAUUUCGGGGCGUCCGGCUUGCGCAAGAAUUACCGCAAGCAACUUGGGAACAUCGCCAAGCAUGGGUCGAAGUCCCUUGGCAGUCACGUCCCGACAAUCAUUGGCGAGAUAGGCAUCCCCUUUGACGUGAAUGGCUCUCGCGCCUUCAAGACCGGUCAGUACGAUGUCCAGCGCGAUCUGAUGAACGCCCUGAUUGCGGGCAUGGAGGAUAACCAUAUCGGGUUUACCCUCUGGAACUAUAACCCUCACAACCGGGUAGAGUACGGCGACGGCUGGAACAUGGAGGACUUCUCCGUCAUCAAUGGCGAUGAGCCUCUGGAGCACGACCUCAUUCGACAGGAUUACCGCAACAAACCCCACGAGGACGAUGAGCUAUACCGCGGUGGCCGUGUGCUGGACGUCAUCAUCCGCCCCUACGCCGCCAAGAUUGCUGGCAGGCCUCUCCGUUCCAACUGGGACGAGCGCACCCUGCGGUACGAAUUCGAGUGGCAGAGCUCCGGCCAGCCCGCCGCCGGUAUCGACGAGAGAGCCUACCUCACAGAGGUCUUCAUCCCCGCCUACCACUACGCGAAGCACAAGUUGAUCAUCACUGUCAGCGACGGCGAGUGGACACACGAUGAAGCUCAGCAGACGCUUCGGAUUCGGCAGACUCCUAGCUCUACGAGCUCCCGCCACCGCCUCGUUGUCGAGAUCGGCGACUUGCAGGAGCACCUAGCCCAGCGCGUGGCUUUGCGGCGCCAGGCGAAUCUGCCCGCCAGCAUUCUGGAUUCCCUGCCCGCAGACGUAGAGGUCUGGGCCGAGGGCGUGGACUGGAGCAAGGUGUUUGGAACAGUGUUCUUUUUCUUCCUUGCCGUAGCCGUGGCGCUUCUGGCAGUGAUUCUUCAGAAAAAAGGUGCUCUAGGCGCAGUGUUGUCCACCUGGACACCACCCCGCUUCUUCUCGAAGCUGUCAUGGAAGGGCAGUGCCCAGCCGCCCUCGCCUUGGGGCGUAGAGAGCCAGAGCCUGAGCAGGUGUCGCCGAGGAGAUGGCGGAGGCGUGGAGCAGAUGCGUGUUGCUCACGAACUGGAUGUCGCCCACCUCGAGGAUCAUGUGCAGGGCCAGCCGCUGGCACGUAUCCUCCAGCACCUCCAUCGCCCUCUUCUGCGCGUCGCUCAGCGGCGGCACGAGCCCCUUGUCCGAGAACCGGGUGAGCGAGCGCACGUAGUACGGAUCCCACUUGCAGUACACGCGCUCCUGUCCUCCGUCCUCGAUGUAGAAGACCGGCUGGCGCACCCACUCGUUCUGCCCCUCCGAGGUCUCGCCCUUGCGGUCAAAGUACCACACCGGCUGGGUGAGCAGCUCCGCGACGUCCGGGUUCUCGCGCUGGAGGUGGUUCCAAACAUUAUGGAUGCUCACAAUGUCGCUCUCCCCGCCCUCGGCGGCGCGGUGGACGCACAGCAAGCCCACGACGUCGCCGUCGUCGGCGUGGAAGAACUGGCGCGCGGUGGUGCGGUAGAUGCGCACCUUGUCGAUCUGGGUGGCGUCGUCGCCGACGUCCUUGACGUGGCCGAGGACGUGGCCCAGGCCGUUCUGCGAGAGGAAGUAGCCGAUGUAGGUGCCCAGGCCCAUGUAGGCGACGGCGUUCUUGCGCGGGGACCAGUCCUGGGCCGGGAAGCGCUUGAAGAGGAUGAAGCCCUUGCCGUUGAUGAGGUCCUCGCGGAGGGUGGUGAGGACCUUGCUCAGCUUGGGGAGGGGGAAGUUUUCCUGCGACGGUUUAGCUACAUGUGA